AACUCCCAAAUACUUUCUCUAUCAUCUCUUUAUCUCUAACAACCACAACAACCGCUGCAAAUCUUUUCUUUCUCUCUCUCCAAAAUCGAGAGUGAAGAUGGCGCUCGAAGAUAGCAGCCACUGCCACCUCACCGACGCCGAUACUGCCGCUGCUGCUUCGAGCCCUUCCUCCACCGUCAGCCACACGCUCCUCCUCCUCCACUCCGACGAUCUCCACGCCAGGAUGGACGCGGCCAGGGAGAUUCGCCGCCUCACCAAGACCUCGCAGCGCUACCGCCGCCACUUCUCCGUCUCCAUCGCGCCGCUCGUCCAAAUGCUCCGCUCCCAAUCCGCCGACGCCAACGUCGCCGCGCUUGCCGCGCUGCUCAAUCUCGCCGUCAAGGACGAUUUAAACAAAGUGAAAAUAAUGGAAGCUGGUGCACUAGAACCAAUAAUUGACUUCCUUCAGUCUGAGCACGUUACUCUACAAGAGCACGCAGCUGCAGCCUUGAUCACUCUGUCUGCAUAUCCUAUCAACAAGCCGAUCAUUAGUGCUUCUGGUGCAAUUCCGCUGCUUGUAGACAUUUUGGCACAUGGGAGUUCACAAGCUAAAUAUGAUGCCGUAUUGGCUCUUUACAACCUAUCUACUCAUCCAGACACACUCAACGAGAUCCUUCAAAUGGAUCCAAUUCCUCCAUUGGUUAAUUUGCUUAAGUCCUGUAAAAAGUCUUCCAAAACCGUGGAAAAGUGCACUGCUUUGAUAGAUUCUUUGAUGGGUUUUGAGGAAGGAAGAGCAGCCCUCACAUCUGAAGAGGGGGGCAUACUUGCCGUUGUAGAGGUCCUCGAGAGUGGGUCACUGCAAAGUCGGGAACACACAGUUGGAGCUCUUUUGACCAUGUGCCAGAGCAACCGUGCAAAGUAUAGAGAACCAAUACUUAGAGAAGGAGUAAUCCCCGGGCUUCUUGAGCUAACUGUUCAAGGAACGCCAAAGUCCCAACCGAAAGCUCAAAUGCUCUUAUGUCUGCUGAGGGACACUCCAUAUCCGAGGUCUGAGCUUCAACCCGACACGCUGGAGAACAUCAUGUGCAACAUAAUAUCUCAGAUUGAAGGGGAGGAUCAAUUAGGAAAAGCAAAACAAAUGCUCGCUGAGAUGGUACAAGUCAGCAUGGAGCAGAGUUUACGACACUUGCAGAAGAGGGCGCUCAUAUGCACCCCAGCUGAUCUACCUAUUAACAGCUGCGGUUCUGAAGUUCCAACUAAAUGAUCGACGGAUGUGUGUACUUCACUCUCAAAAGCUCCAUUACGAUUGUUGGUGUUUGUACCACCAUACUCUCGGUUGCACAGGAACAAAGGAUGAAUAAAUGCGAGCAAAUAAAGAGGAGAAGAAAAGGAAAGGAUGCACGAAUGCCAGUCCAGGCCUUCUGUUUGGGUACUUGGUGAUUGGUAAGUGUUAAUAAACUGAUUUUAGUUAUAGUUGUGAGAAAACUUGUCUAUGUUUAUUUUUGUUUUUAUUUUUCUCUUUGUAAAACAGUGUGUUGAAAACUAUACAGUUGGUACAUAGUUUUUUA